UUCUCUGCAAUGGCAGACUUUGAGGAAUCGUCUGCAUUUCAAAAUAAAGAAAACUUGAAUCCUUCUAAUGAAGAAGAAGAGGAGCUCGAGCUUCUUGCACCUCGCCAGAUUGUUCACUUUAGUCAUUGCGUAUCCUGCCAUAUAGAGAAAUGUGCUGUGGAAGGAAUCGUCAAAUGCCCCGUAAUUCGCUGCCCACAAUGUGCUAUACGAAUGCAUGAGUGUAAAAUGGAGGAUCACAUCAAUGAGAUUUGUCCUAAAACGAUGAUCCCAUGCAUUAACGCAAGUUUUGGUUGCGAUAGAAUGGUAAGACGGGAUAAGAGGUCACGACAUCUUGAAAGAUGUUGUGCGAGUGUAGUAGUUUGUGGCAGAGAAUGGGCGAGGUAUGCUCUCUCACCGAUGUCGAAGCUUCAAUUGAAGAAUUGGGGCAAGAGGAUAGAAGCUGAACCGGAGAGGAAUUUUCGGAAUCUUCCUCUUGAUAUAGCUCUAACUCUUUCAGAUCAGGCAAUUAAAGUGCUAGAGCAGCUCUAUUCAAUGUUUAUUGGAUUCAAGGAUGUUAUUGUGGAAAGCUACGGUUUUUCGCGAGUUGAUCGAGUACGUCGUCGUGAUGGUCUGCACCCGUCACAUCCUAUCCGAAAUUAUGAUGGGACAUUGGUAGGAACUUCAGAAUUCAAAGACGACGAGAAUAGCAGCGAUGAAGAACGCAGAGUCAAGGAAGCAAAGCUAAAGAAGAAGAGAGCUAUGUUUGCCAACUGCUACAUGUGUCAGAUAGAUCCUUCAAGUCAGCACCUCCACACUCUUGGAAAUGAAUCGUCAAAAUAUGAUCAGAUAAAAAGGGUAAAGAAAAGAGAAAAGAAAUCGGAUGAGUUUCAUAAGAUGUACGAUUUACAAAUAAACGUUUUACCCGAAAGCAUGCCAGAAUUCUUAGUAAGAGGAGAGAACAUUGCCUUUAUUCGUGCUGGCGGCUCGCUCUACACGAGAAGAUGUCUGAAAACAUUUCGACGAACAGAAUAUGCGGAUCAUCAUCUUUCUCAACAUGUGCGCUCCAUUGACAGUUUAUCGGAUCUAAUUGUGAGAUGCCCAAAUUGGAUGCGUGGUUGUUUAUUCUAUACAAAACGUUUGACACCCAAAAGCGGGAAAAUAAGGGCUUUACGAGCAGUUGUUUUUGCUUGUGCAAAAGAAAGAUCAAUGGUCAGCUUGAUUUGGGAAAAGUGCGAUGGAUGUUGGAUCGAAAGUGGAAUUGCCAUCGACUUCUCUGUAGCGGACAGAACACCGGAAUAUGUUUGGGAACCAGCGAAAGAUCUCAGCAAUCAUCUUGCUCAUUGCAAUUACCGCGAUGUGAUUGAGUAUCAAGAAGGACGAGUGCCCGUACUUGCUUCUAACCUCCAGCAGAUCACGAACGAGUUCAUGUUAAAACUACCAUACUUUAUUUAA